CAUCGUUCUUCUUCACCGGCUGGGGGAGCUGUACCAUCGGCCUGCUUUCUGUCACUAGGAGAGUCGCUUAAUCGUCCAAUUCAGUUCAUCUCCAUUCAACAGGGCCAAAUGGAGCUCGUUCCGCCGGGUCAUGUUUCAAAUCCACCUGACACACAAUUUGGAGCGAGGAUGUCUGCAACCAAGGAAUUGGAGUGUAUCUGGUCAAGAUUGGGACAUGAAGUCAAGGUGACAAUUAAAUUGGCUAAGGAACUCAAGCGAAAGCCAACAGAAGCAGCAGAAUUUAGGAUGAAACUUUGUCCACGCAAAUACGACUUAAUCCCUCCGCUGAAUUUCGCUUUACCGGCAGAGGUGGACAACAAUGCUGAGCUCGCCCUGUUCAACAUCUUUCCCGUCUCAAAGCGCGCUAGUAAAGUGGUCCCGGUUCCGAGGAGGACCUUAGUUCCGGCUUAA